AAACCACCUGUGCCGAUGAGCUACCUCAUGGGAGGGGUGUGUGGGACGAACAGUGAAAAGAAAAGCCUCUUCCUUAUAUACGCACUUUCUUCAUGCUGGACCUUUAGGCCUAUCACAUCCUAACGUAAGGACUCAGCUCAAGCGGUCCAGCAUCUUGAGGAUGGCGCUGGCCGGCACAGAAACGAUGGACCAGGGAGAACACGGAGAGACAUUCGUGUUGCGAGCUGUUAAAAUAGCAGCUGUGGUCGCACUGUACUGGUUCGUCUCGAUAACGAUGGUGUUUCUUAACAAUUACCUGCUGGACAACAAAGAAUUGGACGCGCCGUUGUUCAUCACUUUCUACCAGUGUUUGGUGACGGUGGGACUCUGCUGGGUCAUGCAGCUGCUGGCCAAACUGUGCCCGACGGUCAUCGACUUCCCGUCGGUCAAAUUCGACUUGAAGACGUCCCGGGAGGUCCUCCCUCUGUCCAUCGUGUUCAUCUCCAUGAUCACCUUCAACAACCUGUGCCUCAAAUACGUCGGAGUGGCCUUUUACACGGUCGGUCGUUCACUGAGCACGGUUUUUAAUGUGCUGUUAUCCUACGUUAUCCUGAAACAGACCACGUCACUCCACGCUCUGCUGUGCUGUGGGAUCAUACUGGGUGGAUUCUGGCUCGGUGUCGAUCAGGAGGGCGUGGCAGGCUCCCUCUCCUGGACCGGCGUCUUCUUCGGGGUGCUGGCCAGCGCUUUCGUCUCGCUGAACGCCAUCUACACUAAGAAGGUGAUGCCGGCGGUGGACGGGAACAUCUGGAAGCUGUCUUACUACAACAACAUCAACGCGUGCGUCCUCUUCCUCCCGCUCAUCCUCCUGUUCGGAGAGUUGGGCAACCUCGGCAGCUUCAGCGACCUCUCCGACCUCGUCUUCUGGGGCAUGAUGACGCUCGGUGGGGUGUUCGGCUUCGCCAUCGGCUACGUCACCGGCCUGCAGAUCAAGUUCACCAGUCCGCUCACGCACAACGUCUCAGGGACUGCAAAGGCCUGUGCGCAGACGGUCAUCGCCGUGGUGUACAACUCCUCCAGUAAAAGCGUGCUGUGGUGGACCAGUAACCUGAUGGUUCUCGGGGGGUCGUCGGCCUACACCUGGGUGAAAAGUUUAGAAAUGAAGAAGACUCCCGUCAGAGACUCCCCUCAGGACUCGGCCAAGGAAAAACUGCUUCCAUAGAAAGGUGACGUGGGAGUGUCGCUGCUGUGGGCUGAGGAACGUUCAGCUUUUAAUCGUUUAAGAAUGUGAAAUAAUGUCACAUUCAGACUUUGACAUAUGGUGAUAUAUUCAUGGAAUCAGUGGAAAUGGUUUGGUUUUGAUAGUGUUGUGCUUUUAUACAGUCUGACUUCAGGCUUGAAGAAUUUUGUACAUAUUAUAUUUAAAGAUAUUUACAUGUAUUUGGGGCCUUUUUACAAUUGUUUGAAAUAUGAAGUGACAGAAAAUACUUUUUUUAAUGUUUUAGUCUACAAGUGAUGGAAAAUAUAUCGUGUCUUUUUAUUCACAGGGAAGAGUUUCUUUACUCAUAUUGAGCCUACAGGGGCGUCAUUCAAACAAGCCAUGUUGAUGAAUGUAUGUCACUGUCUUUUAAGUGUUGAUUGAACAGCGUCUGGCUUUAGGGAAGCUUUUCCAAGAGAAAGAAGCCAGAAAAAAAGAUCAAAAGUCAAGGUAAUCAGAAACCUUGAGUCGCUGUGACUGACAUGUUCAUUCAUCUCCAAAGACAUCACACAUCCAGGAUUUUAAACUGUCCAAGUCUAUGUUUAACCACAUCCUGUUGUGGUCUGACUCAUUUGUUUAAUCAUGUAAUUUAUAUGGUGGAGAAAUAAGGUAAAUGAUUUGCAAGCGAAAACAGAAGCUGGUGGAGUAUAUACAGAAAUGUCUCUCAUGUAUCGGAUGUUGUUCUUACAUUUACAGGUUUCAUUUUCAUUUCAGAGCAGUGUACUGUUGAAGAAAAACUAACAAGUCUUUGUUUGCACUUACAUGGUGACAUAUCAUGUAUCUCUUUACCAGCCUGAAAGUGUUCUGGUUACUCAUUGUCUGUAUCCAAAGACAGCUUUUUAACACUUCAUUCCGUCAUCUCUGUAACAUUUAAAGAAGUGGAAACUGAGCCAUGGCGCUAAGCUAACAGAGAACAUUAAAGAUGGUGUGAAAUUUCAA